UUCGAAAAAUUUGAGUCUUUGUUGUUUCGACAUCAGGUUUCUACCUGUUUAAAUUUUAUUUGAUGAUUGCCUUGCGCUGUUUAAUUGAAAUAUAAAAUUAAGUUCGUUCUCAGUAAGUCGAAAUACAAAAUAUUGCUCUGUCAAAGCAUUGAUAUUGACCGGAUAUGUCACCGAAAGUGCAAUUCACGUUGGAAGAAAUGGCCAAGAUCGCACUAGGUGCACCAGAAUUAACCAGUGCGAGUAUACAUGCUCUUCAUAUUCUUAUUGAAUUGAUUCUCAAAAAGCUUGAUUGUCAAAAUGAUGUUGUUUCGCUUAAGGGCAUAGAAUCUGAUUGUCUCGUUAAAUUAUUGAAAGAGUCCAAGCCGGCCCAAUUAACUGUCGACGAUGCGCAUUUGAUUAUUAUUGCGCAUAAGUUAAAGGCCGUUACGAAACUGGAAAAAUCGGUUGAAGAAGUAAAAUCAAAACUUGAGAAUCAUAUACAAACAGCAAGAAAAUUCAGUCACCUGUCACAAAUGAAGUACGAUUUAAAGGAUUGGGAAAAGUAUAAAGUACAUUCAGAGAGUACUUGCGCGCCGUGCGGAAAAGAGCUUAAUUUGGCUUGUUUUAUGGUUAGUAAUAUUGAUUUUCUCAAAAAACUUCAGCGGCGUAUUGCUGAACCAAUGAUUUUGAGCUUUUUCGAAUUUGAGGAAGAAAUAAAAUGUCUCAACGAAGACAUGAACGAUCUGAUUUUGCAUGCCGUGGCUAACUUGGAGAAAUUAGCUUUGGUUGAAGGGUGCCUCCAAGCUGUUGAAGACCUAAAGGAAAAGAUUGACCAACAUAACUUGAAAUUUCUAGGCACCAUGGAGGAAGUGCAGGACAUCUUAGAUUUUAAAUUAGACAAACUACAAAUUCCUGCAUUGAAACGAUAUAUAACGAUUAACUUGAACCGUAUUGAAGCUCGCAUAGCAGUCAUACAGAAUAAGGUCGAUUGUCCGAAACCCCCAGGUAUAAUAAGUAGUGGUUUGCGAUGUUUAUCGUGUGGCGAACACCAGGUGUGCGCUGAGAAAGGAGUACAUACGGUGAGUUUGCUGCCAGAUGCACAUACGGCUCGAGCUAUCCGUAUGCCCAGAACAUGUAAAUGUUCGAAAGGUGAUCUCAAACUAAACAGAGUUUUUGGAAAGAAAGUUUUGAACCCGGAUAUUAUUUCCCAUCCAAUUUCAAAACGUCAGACAGAACCCAAAGGGCUCUCUUCCACUGUUUUAAUAAAAAAUUGUGAAGUUGUCUGCCUUGAGGACUUUCGCUUAUUUGAAGGAAUCGAUGGUAAUCUUUAUCACAAGGGUUAACAAAUAAAGGAAAUUCGGAAUUCUUCAGGACAGCCACGAUAACCGCGGAUCACUUAAGGCCCUAAAUCAUAAUCUCUAUUUCAUAAUUCAUUCAUUAAUACAACAAGUGUAACCUAUAGAGCGAUCGCGUUGCAGAUGCUUCUAUAAAACUUCAAAGAUCUGGCUUACAUAUGCAUACAAAUAUUACAAUAGAAAUGAAGAAACUAAAUUUGACAUGUUAAAGAAACGAUGAUUAUAACAUAUAAAUCGACCGUCGAAAUAAGUGAUUUUGUUUCGUUACUACUUUUUUUUAAACAGCAGCUAAGUCAUGAAUAAAUUUAUAUAAAUUU